AGAUCCAUCGCAGCUCCACCCCGACGUGAGCCGCCAUGGCCGGGAAGGAGCGCAGCCCUCGCCACCGGCCCUGGUCGGUCUACCGGGCCAACACCUUCGAUCUCUCCGCCGAGAUGAUGGGGCUCGCUCUCUCAGGUAGCAGUCAGGAUCCGGAUGAGCCGGUGCUGGAGUUCAGCCUGGCGUGCAGCGAGCUGGCCCCGCCCACCCUGGACCGUAAGCCCAGCAGCUUCGUGGCGGUGAGCUGCACCACGCCCCCCCAGGCCUUCUGGACCAAGCACGCCCAGACGGAGAUCAUAGAGGGAACCAGCAACCCCAUCUUCCUCAGCAGCAUCGCCUUCUUCCAGGACUCACACGUCACCCAGCAGACGCAGGUCAAGCUGUCCGUGUACGACGUGAAGGACCGCUCCCAGAUGUACAUGCUGGGCUCGGCCAUGUUCUCGGUGAAGGAGCUGCUGCAGGACCAGCACCACCGGCUGCACCUGACGCUCAGCUCCGCCGGCUUCGGCUCCAAAGGGAUGGCCUACCAGCACCAGGACGUGGUCCGAGCCAAGGAGCUGAUCGGUCAGAUCAACACGCUGAAGACGCAGGUGUGCUACUACGCCGAGCGCCUGAGCCGCGCCGCCAAGGAGCGCUCGGCCAACGCCCUGGAGAGGACGCUGGCCAUCCUCACGGAGAAGACCCGCCAGCUGGUGACCGUGUGCGGCCAACUGCUGUCGUCGGCCAUCGUGGCCCUGGCGGCCGCCCGCCCGGCGCCGUCCCAGCGGAGCAGCCCGUCCCCGUCCUCCUCCUCCCUCUCUCCUUCCUCCCGCUCCCCGUCCCGCUCUCCCUCCCGCCACCCCGCCUCCCCGUCCCGCCCCGCCACCUCGCCCUCCCGGCUCGCCACCCCUCCGGAGGUCGGCGACGGGGUCAGAAACAAGCGGAGCUCCGCGCACGAGGAGGACUGGGAGAAGGUCUGGCUGAACGCGGACAAAAGCCUGGAGGCCGUGAUCCAGAAGGUGGACCAGCUUCUGGCCCGGGACAAGAUCCAGAGCGACAGCAGCUCCGAGGACGUCUUCCUGCUCGCCGACGAGGAGCCGGGCAGCGCCAAGAAAGACGGCAGCCCCGAGGCUGAGAAGGCUGAGAAGACGUCUCCAGGCGAGUGGAGCGACGCGCUGUCCCCUCUCCUCUACACGCUGACGGACUGCGUGUCUCUGAUGAGCGACAAGGCCAAGAAGGCCAUGGUGUUCCUGCUGAUGCAGGACGGCGCCCCCACCAUCGCCAUGAGCCUCACGCUGCAGUACCGCCGCGACGUCGUCUUCUGCCAGACGCUGACUGCGCUGAUCAGCGGCUUCGUCCUCAAGCUGAGGAACCGGCUGUGCGACCCGGGCUUCCUGCGGCAGCUGCACACCAUCGGCCUGCUGGUCCAGUUCGAGGGCCUGCUCAGCACUUACGGGGAGGAGCUGGCCAUGUUGGAGGACAUGAGCGUGGGUGUGAUGGACCUGAGGAACGUCACCUUCAAAGUCACCCAGGCCACCUCGGCCUUCAGCCCCGACAUGCUGCCCGUCAUAACGGGCAACAGGAGCGGCUUCAACGUGCGGGUCCCCAUGCCCGGCGCCAUGUUCGACACGCUGCCGCGGGAGAUCCAGAACGGGAUGCUGCUGCGGGUGCAGCCGGUUCUGUUCAACGUGGGGAUCAACGAGCAGCAGACGCUGGCCGAGAAGUUCGGAGACACGUCGCUGCAGGACGUCAUCAACGGCGAGAGCAUGACCCGCCUCGGCUCGUACUACGACCAGUUCAAGGAAGUUCUCCCAGAAGACAGCCUCCCUCGCUCCCGCAGCACCACCAACAUCCCUGAGCUGCUCAAACUGCUGCAUCACAACAUCAACGCCAAGAAGAACAAGAACGUGGAGAUCCUGUGGCACGCCGCCGAGGCGUGUCGGCGCCUGAACGGGGUUCGCUUCACCUGCUGCAAGAGCGCCAAGGACCGCACGGCCAUGUCGGUGACGCUGGAGCAGGGCCAGCUCCUGCUGCAGGAGCACGCGCUGGCGCCGCAGGUCUUCUACCAGGCCCUGGACUGCAUGCGCAGCGAGGGCUGCAGGAGGGAGAACACCAUGAAGAACGUGGGCUGCCGUAAAUACGCCUUCAACGCGCUGCAGCUCAAGGCCUUCCCCAGACAGUACCGCCCUCCGGAGGGGACGUACGGGAAGGUGGAGACCUAGGAGGACCCGUCCUCCCGGACCGGGCCAAGAGACUGAAACGGGAUGGAGACGCUCGCACCAACACAGACACCGACACCAGCUGGAACAGCAGCCCCUUGUUUUGUGCUUAGUCACCGUUAACAGCGGUUAAUCGAUGUCCCAGUGCUACCGUCCUGUAGGUUCUUUUGUAGCAGUUUAGCCGUCCGUCUGAGCCGUCCCAGAACCCUCUUCACUUCCUAGAACCGUCUGGCUCUGCGAGUCCCGUCGCGAUCCGUCGCCGCACCGGGAGGAAACGGGGGCCGCCGUUUCACCUCACGUCCUAGAAAUAACCUCGGCCUCGGGGAUGAUGACGUGGCGUAAAACGUGCACAGAUGUGAACUUGAAGCGGUCAGUCGUAGGACGAGUCCGUGGGAAUCUGACGCAGCAGCGAAAGCCUUAUAAAUCAUUCGUCUGCGCCACCGAUCUUAACAUCUUAUGUUCGACUAUAAAGUCAAAACAACUGUUGCAGUAAAAAAUCGAGCGAGCAAACGACUGGAUUCACCAGAAGCAUCAAGUUAAGGACGACUAAUUCCUUUUACUUUAACUUUUAUCUGGUUAACCCUUGUGCUUUCUUUGGGUCAAGGGAGGGUGAAGGGAGAAAAGAAGGAAUGAAGAAAGGGAGAAAAGAUGCAAGGAAGGAAAGAAGGGAGAAAAGAUGGAAGGAAGGGAGAAAGGAAUGAAAGAAGGGAGGGAAGAAGGAAGGAAUGGAGAAAAUAAGGAAAGAAGGGAGAAAAAGCAAAUAAGGUAAUAAAGGAACGAAUGACGGAAGGGAGGUAGGAAGAAAAAGGAGUAAAGGGGGGUAAAAAAGGAGGAAGAGAGGAAAGGAAGAAUAGAGCAUGGCAGGAGGAAAGAAGGAUAAAAGAAUUGGGUCAUUUUGACCCAAAGACAGUACAAGGGUUAAAUAUAUAACGUGAGAAGUUUUGGGCAUCUUAAAUAGUUUUUUGUUGUUUUUUUCCCUGUUAAAAGCUUAUAAAUGAGUGAAUUAUGAUAAAACAGCCACGUUGCAUGCCAGAGAUGUUCAGAAGUCUGUUCAUCAGAGACACCGUGGGACGGAGUAACAGACCUCCUGCCGGCACUUUCCACAUAUUAUAAGUGACAUUUUCUCCGGGCAGCAACGUGACUGAGCCGCUGCCUUGUUGAAGAGGUCAGAGGUCAGAGAUCAGGGGCCUCAUUUAUAAAGCUUGCGUGCGCACGAAACAGGGCUUGAAAGAUGCACACGCCAUCUUCUACGCAAAGGUUGGGAUUUAAAAAUGAAAAAACUAACCGAAAAAUGUGUGUAUCUUUAAGCCAACCCUGACCCUUGCGCAUGAACAUUUUGAAGAUAUGGGGAACUGGCGACGCAGGCGGUGAGGUGGUGAAAUGAAGCCAGAUUCAUGUCAUACUUUUAAUGUCAUCACACAUCAGACUUAUAGAUCCAUGUACACCCAAGCCGGUCAGAUCACGCUUCCACAUAGAUAUAUGUUAAUGUCUAUGUGGAAGCGGGAUCUGACCGGGUAUUUUCAUCUGUCAAAUCAUAUCUGUGUGGAAGCGUGAUCUGACAUUUUUUUUUUCUUCUGCCGAAGCGUUGUACACAUAGAUCUAUGUGGAAGCACAUUCUGACUUCCUGCUGUUAAAUCGUCUAUUUGCAUGAAAAAGCCUUUGGAAAAAAGAAACUGAGAUAAAAGAAACGGGGAUCGUACAGUAGUAUGUUCUGCUGAGGUAGGACAACUCGGCAGAAAGCCGGCUCGACACAUGUCUCAUUCGUCCUGACGCGCAGCAGAAACAGGCUGCAGGUGGCGCUGCGCAUGCUCAGCAGGCUCAUUUAUAUGCAAAUACAGUCAUCAAGUAGUUUGCAUUGCCCAUUUAUGGUAAAAAGUCAGCGUGUAGAGGGAGGGGUAUGAGGCGAAUUCACGUGUGCAACCUUCCAGCUGGACUGUGAUUUAUAAAGCGAACAGUGCGUGCAAGUGUGCGUGCACGCGGUUUUAUAAAUCAGGAUUAUUUUGUGCGCACGACAAUUUCGGCUUUUGAGUGCACGUACACUUUUAGUAUGGAUCCUACACACUCUUUUAUAAAUGAGGCCCCAGCUCACUGGAUUCAUCUUGAUCCUUCUUAUGUUUACUUCGGUUGUUUCUCACAUCACGGUCAGAUCUUUACGUAUCUUUACGUAUCACUGAUUUCCUGACUAUCAGGGUAGUGUUUCUCUGUGGUUGACGUGGAUCCGUGAAUUAUAUAACGGAGGUGUUUUCAUCUGGACGUCAGGACAAGAUGACGGGAGUCAGAUUGUUGCAUCAACUGACCUUUUCAAAUAACGACAGUGAACUCGUUUUAUCCCUGAUGAGUAAAAAUCUUAACAGGUGCCCAAAGUAUUGCAUCAGGCUUCUUUCUCUCUGUCUCAUUUAUUUAUUUAUUUUUUAAAAAUGUAAGUAAUUUCUCAUCUUUAACAUCAUGUUUCCGGAGUUUUCCGAGUCACUCAACCAUCUAAAAUAACAGAGAUUUUGACCCGAGGUGCCCAAACUAACGCACGUCUGACCUAUGAACCGAAACCAGAACUGUACGUCGGAAAUCCACAAAAUACUCCUUUAAUUUCAUAAACCUCUGACCCGUUCGGCUCCUGGCUCUUCUGUAAGAAUAUUUAAAUAAUAAUAAUAAUAAAAAUAAAACUUUAACAGCAUAUUUAUUUACUUAAUGAAGCAACAGAGAUCACAGAACUCAGAAAGUUAUAUUGUUUUUUUGGUGUUUUUAUGUCAUUUGUUCACGGUGAAAAAAUAAAUAAAUGAAAGUAACACCAGCUUCUCACUUUAAAGCAGCACUAAGUUUAAUAUUUCCGUAAAACAUCCCGGCAGGAUGAGCAGAACGUCAGCUUAUCUGGAAGCGAAACGUUUUGAACUUGUGACCUUGUGUUGCUUUUUAUGGGAUUUAAAACACGUAGCUUUGCUGCAGGACGAAAACUUAGAAUCAAAUGACUCACAUAGGUUAUGUAGGAGGUCUGAAUCGCCUUCUUCUCACGUCUGUCCAGCACAUCUUCGACACCGUGCAGAAUAACGCUCCUCUAUUAUAUGUUUAUGUGCCGCUGCGUCUGAUGUCUGAUGGCUGAGGUCUGAGGUGCCGCGAUGCUGAGACGAGUCCUGCGAAGCUGCCAACCCAGUCUCACAUAAAAACGUGCCCUGCCUACGUUGGUCCAAAGUGCAAAAAAACAUAGAGGGGUUACAAUAAUAGCCCUUGAAUUGUAUAACUGUAAAAUUUUUCUGCCUAUUCGUUUUGCGUCCAAGUCACGUGACGUUCAAGAUUCUGGCCGUGACACCAAAAAACAUGGCGCACAUUUCUCAUUUUUUAGUGAAAAAAAAUCUAUAUUUUGAGCUAGACUACAAAUAUGGCGCUGAUUAGCAUAACGCUGUAUAGCAUGACUCUAGGGAAAUGUAGUUCUUAGCUAAUUUUGUUUUUUUCACAAAAAUGGAGGUUGUUAAUACUAAAAUAAGAGUGCAAAUAGUAGUUUAAGGGCAUGAUACACACAUUUGUGUAAAUAUAUUUUAAAUAUAUAAUUGUUAAAUGUGUGAAAAUUUAUUUUAACCAUGUUUUACCCUUAUAUUAUAGCGCCACCUAGUGACUACUCUGGCAUGAUACAUUAGAUCAAGAGCUUUCCGUUUUUAUGUGAGACUGGGUUGAAGCUGCAGAGCUGCAGAGAUGCAGAGAUGCAGAGCGUUCGAAGAUCCUGCAGGAGAGCAGAUCACGUUAAGUCUACGAUUCCAACAUAUCUAAAGACAUUUAGGACAUUUCUGUGUCAUUAUCGUAGUUUUUCAUGAAGAGUCUGUUCUAGGUUUUCUUGAAUAAAAGUGUGAUUCAUACUCAUCUAAUUUAUACGGAAGAGUAUUAGGGCCAGGCAGGAGAAAAAUAAAAAUAAUAUUUUAGAGGAGGAAGAUCUUUUUUUCAUUAUGCACUUCAAGAAAAAAAGUCGAAAUGUCGAGAAAAAAGUCAAAAUGUUGAGAUUAAUGUUGAAGUACAAUUUCGAGAAAAAAGUCAAAAUUCCGUGAAUAAAGUUGAAAUGUUGAGAAAAAAGGCGAAAUUUCGACUUUAUUCACGAAAUUUCGACUUUAUUCUUGAAAUUGUAUUUCAACAUUAAUCCCGACAUUUCAACUUUUUUCUCGACAUUUCGACUUUUUUCUCCAAGUGCACAAUAAAAAAAAAAUCUUCCCCUCUCAAAUAUUUUUUCCCCUAAUACUCUUCCGUAAAUUUAAGCUGCAGGAAGGCAUUAAAAAAAACCCACAUGAUACACUUAGUUUGUUAGUUUCUAACAAACUCACUCACUGGAGACAUCAUGAAGCAGGAAGUUGUGCAUCAUUUUCACAUUUCUGCACCAAAAACACCAGUUUGCUUGAUUUUAUUGCUUUUUUCUUGAAGUUAAUUUCUUCCAAAUGAGGUUAUGACCUUGUCUUGAUCAGCUGUUCGUGCACACGGGGUGAACGAGGUCCUUUACCCUCCGGGAAACGGGCUGAAACAGAAUCACCAAUAAA